CGCCGAGCGCAGAGACAAAGGCGGGCUGGAAGGUGCUUCCUUCAUCGAACCAUGGCCCGCCGCCGACACAAAGACACAACGACUCCCGGACACCCUAUCCCGAUUGCAAGUACAAGCACUCGCCGCGGGAGCUCUCGAUAACACAAGGCGACGUUUGCGACAAACAAGACACCCGCUGACGCGCGGCCAAACACGCCCUCUCUCUGGUCUGGUCUUCACUCCGUGCGCGUGCCCCUCGCAACAGCACCAUGUAUAACAAUCGUGAGCCAUUGCCUGUUGCGCAACGACUGUUUCACCGCUGACAGCCGACCCGCUGAGACGCAGGCCCCCAUCCGCUGCUGGAGCAGGUCCCCCUCACCGUCUCGCCCUUCAUCUCGCUCCCGAGCGCCACCACGCUCUCCUACAACUACAAGACGAUGCCGUCCAACAUACCGCCCUCGUCGCUGGGCAUCCCGACGGCCGCCGACGACUCGUCCGCCGAGCAGCAGCCGAAAGCGCGGUUCAUCGUGUCGGCGGGCACCGGGCACGCGGCCUCGCCCGACGAGAUCCUCGAGUCGUGCCACGCCCUGCUCAAUCACGUGACGGAGCUGCAGAGGGAAGCCGAGCGCGACCUGCGCGAGUUCGAGGAGCGCAUCAGGGAGCGCGAGCUGGCGGAGAAGAGGAGAGUGGCUCCCGGGUGGCUGGACAGCGAGUCGCGGCUGCUGGAGCCCGAACGGACGUCGCCGGUGCAGCACCGCGGACCGGCCGGCGCGGCGCCCACGACGGAGCAGAAGCAGCAGCCGCCGCCGCAACCGUCACAAGCGGAGCACGAUGAAGGAGCGGAGCUGGACAGGGCCUUUGGUGGCAUGGAGCUGAAAUAGCGUACGACGAUCGCGCACGCGUGUAUUAUGACUGAACGAGAAGCACUGCCUCCAGAACUACUUAUGUACCGCUGAAUACGAAAUUAAAGACACGGCCCAACCAAGAGCCGUGUCAUUUUAGAACCG